GCCAAAAUCAUACUCAAAGAGUGGUUCAUGAAAUAUGGGGUACCAGAACGUCUGCACUCAGACCAGGGCAGAAAUUUUGAAAGUGCAGUGAUUGCUGAGCUAUGCAAACUGUAUGGGGUGAAAAAGACCCGGACAACACCGCACCACCCUCAGGGUAAUCCGCAAUGUGAGAGAUUCAACAGGACAUUACACAACCUUCUCCGUACGCUUCCCCCUGAAAAGAAGCGGCGUUGGCCCGAACAUCUGUCAGAGCUGGUGUAUGCUUACAAUGUUACACCACAUUCAACCACAGGGUAUUCGCCCUAUUACUUACUGUUUGGUGUCCACCCACACUUGCCAGUUGAUGCAUUGUUAGGCCAGGAGCCAGUGAAGGAUGACAAACUGGACUGGUUAGCGGUGCACCAGGAGCGUCUCCAGGACGCACAUGCCAGGGCCAGAGAAUAUGCGGAACGAAAGGCUGCAGAGAGAGUCAUUCAGCAACAAGGAAAAGUGUUUUACCCACCGGUUGAUAUUGGACAGUUAGUGUACCUCCGCUACCGACCACCAGGAAGAAAUAAAAUUCAAGAUGCCUGGGCAUCAACCGUGUACAAAGUGGUUGAUAUCCAGGGGACAACAUACACCGUAGCUCCUCUGGAAGGAGGGUCAUUGAGAAGGGUGCACAGAUCAAACUUAAGGCCGUGUGUGGGGCCCACACCAGUAUGGAAGCCAAGGCAACAUGACCAAGAGGUCGUCACUGCGGAUGAACAUGAAGAGCCAGGGACUGAGGUUGAACAUCCAGAAUUCAUCUUGAUGGAAGAGGUUCAGUACCCAGUAAAACAUCCAGUGAAUGAUGAACCUGAAAACCUGGAUGUGAUGGUUAGAGGGCCAGGAGAUGACUUGGACAACAGAGCUGAACACCUGGAGCGUGAGGAUCUGGUAAGGCUGGAGGAAAAUGGGGAUUUUAUUGAGGAGGACCGAGAGGAAGAACCAAACAUUUGCCACUCACCUGCAUCAGAAAACAUCAGCUUGGCUUAUGAAACCUCACAGGCAAGGCCUGCUCCAAUUCCAAGAAAAAGGGAAACUGGGAGAGCUAAAGCAGGCCAGCCCACACCUGCACCACGUAGGAGUAGGAGAGAAAUGGCAGGGGUACACUCGAACCCAUUUAACCUACCCAGGUCAGCAUGUAACGCAGUGUCCUUCAGCCCAGAUGUACUCUCCCAUCUGCUAGCUGGUAUGGUUCUCUACACCAACAAAUUUAGGGGACAAAUGGUUGAUCAGGAAGUCAUCGAGGACGAUGACUUGUAGCAGGGGAGAAUGUAACCAAGUGAAUAAAUAACCGCUAUCAGUGUGACACAGCUUAUUCCUAAGAGCUUUCAGUUCAUGUAAGAUUUGUGUUGCCUUUAUUCUCUUUCUUACUGUAAUAUUGUGGUUACUGCAUUUGGGGUUUUUGGGGACGCUGCCUCUUUAAGAGCAGCGCCAUCUUAGAGCAUGCAUGCACGUAGACUCUGCAUUCUGUCGAGCGGGAGUCUGGAAAGUUAACAGACUGCAGACAUACAUGGUGGUUAAAACUCAAGAGGGGAGAGAAUUUGCGGUGUCACAACUUGUGAGGGUGUGUGUUGGUGAGCAGGCCGCCCUCUGGAAAAGACAGGUCACUACUGUUGUCUAUACUAGCAACGUUUGCAUUUUUUUACUGUCCUGUAUAGUGUGCAAGUGCACCUGUCUCUUACUAAUAUUGAGAUCCUUAUUUUGUAUUUUUAUUGUUCAUUCCAACUGUUAAAAUUCACAACAAAACA